AUGGAUGUCCUCGCCAACGCCUCUAGCUUUGCCUCGCCUCUUGCAAAUGCUGAUUUGAACUUUCAGGCGUUCCAGUCCACGGGUCUUUUGGCAAGAGUCAGCGCGCAGUUUAAUGUUUGGACCGUCCUGUUGAGCCUGCUCGUGCUCGGUGCUACAUAUGAUCAAUUCAGCUACCAGUUUCGAAAAUAUGGCAUUGUUGGUCCCGCCUGGAAAAUGCCCUUCAUCGGCCCGUUCUUGGAAUCGGUGAAACCAGAUUUCAAAAAAUACAAGGCUAAGUGGGAAAGUGCUGAUCUGAGCUGUGUCUCGGUUUUCCACAAAUUUGUGGUGAUCGCAUCCGAUCGAGAUCUCGCUCGAAAAGUCUUCAAUUCUCCCGCUUUCGUGAAACCGACCGUUGUGGACAUCGCUCCCAAGAUUCUGCGACCGACCAACUGGGUCUUCUUGGAUGGUAAAGCUCACGUGGAUUAUCGAAAGGGUCUCAAUGGCCUGUUCACGCGUCAAGCAUUGGAAAUCUACCUUCCAGGUCAAGAGGAGGUCUAUGAUAAAUACUUCAAAGCAUUCUUGAAGAUGUGCAAAGAGCGUGGCAACAAACCAACCGCGUUUAUGCCGGAGUUUCGAGAACUCAUGUGUGCUGUCUCUUGUCGCACUUUUGUCGGACACUAUACUUCGGAUGCAGUGGUCAAGAAGAUCGCCCUCGACUUCUAUCUGGUGACGGCGGCUCUGGAACUGGUCAACUUCCCGGUCAUUAUUCCCUUUACCAAGGCCUGGUACGGCAGGAAAUCUGCCGAUAUGAUCUUGGAUGAAUUCGCCAAGUGUGCAGCAAAAGCAAAGGUCAGGAUGGCCGCCGGAGGCAAUGUGACCUGCAUUAUGGAUGCGUGGGUCAAGCAAAUGCUGGAUUCCGCACACUACAGAGAGAGGAUCGCUCGUGGUGAAGAGGUUCCCCCAUCCGAGAAGCCACCUCAGAUCCUCCGUGACUUUACCGACAGCGAGAUCUCUCAGACCAUUUUCACAUUCCUGUUUGCGUCGCAGGAUGCCACCUCAAGUGCAUGCACAUGGUUGUUCCAGAUCAUGGCCGAUCGCCCAGAAAUCCUGGAAAAAGUCCGUGACGAGAACUUGCGUCUUCGAGACGGAGAUCGCAACAAGCCCUUCGACAUGGACAUGCUCGAGUCGAUGGUUUGGACACGAGCCGUUGUCAAGGAGACUCUUCGAUAUAGGCCUCCAGUCAUCUUUGUGCCAUAUGUGGCCAAAAAGGAUUUCCCCGUCACUCCUGAUUAUACUCUAAAGAAGGGGUCCAUGAUUAUUCCUGCCUUAUGGCCCGCCACUCAUGAUCCUGAAGCAUAUCCCAAUCCUGACAGCUUUGAACCCGAGAGAUGGAUCACCGGUGACGCCGACAAGCAAGUCAAGAAUUGGAUGGUGUUUGGUACCGGGCCUCAUUACUGCCUUGGUCAGACUUAUGCUCAAUUAAAUUUGAUGGCGAUGAUUGGCAAGGCAAGUGUCAUGAUGGAUUGGGUCCACGAGCCGACAGCAAUCAGUGAAGAUAUCGAGGUGUUUGCAACCAUUUUCCCCCAGGUAAGACCAGAAUCCGCGGACUUGACAGACCAGACAGCACUGACAUGA